GUGAGCACUGUAAACACAAUAACAAUAACAAUAACAAAUUUCCUUUUUCCUUCUUUUUCCCUUUUUCCCUUUCUUCUUAUUCUACAUGAAUUACAAUACAAGAGUAGAAAAUUAUUAUUCUUCGGAUGAAGAAGAAGAAUCUCCACAAUUUUAUCCUCAUCCGAACCGACAGAACAGGGCCCGACGAAACAGUCCAAGGCAGUAUUAUUCAGAUGAAGAAGAAGAUUUAUCAAGAGCCAUGUAUGAGCUCAAUAUGCAUGGUCCACCUUAUCGAGCACCUAACAGAAUAUAUGAUCCUUCUCAUGAUUUCAAUCAUUAUGCAAGAUAUCCAACAAGACAACAGUGGGGACAUCCAAUUUCACCACGACGGCAUUCCCCAGAACCACACCGAUCCGCUUCAUCUCGAUCUUACAUGCGUCCAGCAAGGCCCUCAAGAAGACAGUAUCAGGAGGUGUUUUUGUCCCAUGACGAGGAAAGCGAGCCUUCCGAACACGAAGAACCGUAUUUUCAUGACGUCAGCCCCUCAAAAGGUUACUUGUCAAGGCAAAAUAGCAUCAGCAGUACUGGAUCGAAUCGAAUGAGACCUAAAAGAAGGCUCAAUUCAUUCUCUGUACCUCCACCUCCGCCGCCUCCAUCUUCUAUGAGUUCACCAAGAUAUUUUUAUCCGCCACAGCCGACCUACACAAAUCGAGUAGCACGAAGCGUACCUAAUUCACCCCACAUAUCUGAUGAAACAAGCGAAAGUGAACAAGACGAAUUCUAUCCACCUCCAAGAAGAUUUUCAUUGAGCAACAAUGGCCCCAUACCACCACCACAUCCACCUAGGAUGAAUCGCAGUUUCUCUUUUAGUGGAGCCCCUCCUCCACCCCCUCCA